AUGCCAGUUUCAGUCCCAGCUGCAGACAGACGGUGGAGAGCCCCAGCAGCAUUUUUUCUCAGUUUUCUCUCUUUAAUCUUCUCCAUCACAGCAUUCAGUAGUAGUUACUGGUGUGAAGGGACAAGAAAAGUUGCCAAACCUUUCUGUACAGGAAAGAGCAAAGGGGAUCACUGCAUCCGCUUUAAUAGCCCUGAUGCCAACAAUAGCAACGUUGUGCAAUAUAUUUGGGAGACAGGAGAUGACAAGUUCAUUGAUCGAAAGUUUCAUGCUGGAAUUUGGUAUUCCUGUGAAGAAAUUAUAAAUGAAGAAGGUGAGAAAUGUAGAAGCUUCAUCAGUCUGACUCCAGCUUCUAAUCGAGGAGUUUUAUGGCUGUCUAUUGUCACAGAGCUUCUGUACAUCAUUUUGCUUCUGACUGGAGUCAUUCUUAUGUCAGUAGAAAUGUGCUACUACAGCACUGUCAUUGAUGGGCUAAAGAUCAACGCCUUCUCUGCAGUAGUCACCGUAUUAGCAGGUCUUCUUGGCAUGGUUGCUCACAUGAUGUACACAACUGUAUUUCAAAUGACUGUAAAUCUUGGUCCUGAAGACUGGAGACCUCACACAUGGGAUUAUGGCUGGUCCUAUUGCCUCGCAUGGGCUUCCUUCGCUUGCUGUAUGGCUGCAGCUGUCACCACUAUUAACAAAUACACAAAAACUAUUUUGGAAUUCAAGCACAAAAGAAAAACACUGGGAAGGAGUUUAAAGAUUAAAUACAAGUUUCCUGAUCAUACAUCUCCAGAGAAAGCUUGCAAUGUGUAUGUGAACUCGUUUCACAACAGUACAGAGGACCCUGCACUUCCAAUAAAAGGCUUGUGCCACUUGGCCACUAUUUCAGUUUUGUAA